AUGACUCUUUUCCCAGAAAUUGGAAUUGCAGAUUUUGUUCCAGUGAUGCUUGCUGAUGGCGGACUUUUUUCAAUUCCUCAGUUUGAACCUUUUUCUAAUGUUAUAGCACGAGCUUCCCAAUGGUGUGAACAACAACAAUUUCUUAGAUUUUGUAAUGCUCAAUCAUUAGAAAUUAAAAUGAAAGGUGGUUCAGUUGUUGACACACAAAGAAUGAGCUAUACAGAACAUGGUGGCAAAUCAACUUAUUAUGUUAGAGUUUUACGUGUGACGUAUACAAAACCUGCCGAGUCUUUAAUUAUGGAAGCCUCGAUUAGAACACCGGUUCUUCAUUUAUCAUGUAAAACUUUUAUACCAUAUCAACUGAAUACAAGCAUGUUUAUCCCAGAAUUUGAAAGCCUUACUCAAACAAAAGAAAGAAUGAAAAUAUGGGUUCAACUUACAGGAGCAAGAAUGUUAAGUGCAGAAACUGUUGCAAUGAGAUUGUUAACUGGUGGAGAAGCUACAUCUGGUAUUGAAGCGAGUUUCACUUAUAAUCCCGCUAAUAUGAACGAAUAUUGGAUUUAUAUUAUUAGAUUAUAUUUAGACGGAUAUUACAAAGAACCUGAGCCGCAUUUGCUACCACCGCCACCUCCAGUGGUAAACAAAACUUGUGCCAUUUUAUAAGUUGUGAUAUAAACAGAGCAGUAACUUGUCAAAUUCUGCACAUGCCCUAUCUAAUGUGAAUCUCAAGAUUUAAGUUUUUUGUAAAAGAAAUUAGUAUUUAUAUUUUUAUAUUUGCAAAUAUCCUUUUACAUAUGAAAUAUUUCUUAAAUUG